UAGCUGAGAAACUUCUUCCUUCUCCAUAUGAUUCUCCAUCAAAAUACAAGAAGACGCACCUACCUACCUCCACAAUUCACAACUCACCGCCCCUGCAGACCUCUCAACGCCGCCGCGUGCCUCGUGUUCCUCCCUUGUUUCACUUCUACCACCCCAGCUUGCCGCAAACAGCAUAUUCACGGCGCGUCAUUGACCUUUCUGCCCUAUUGCACUAAGAGAGACGAAGAGAGUCUGUAGAGCUGCUGGAAGGAAAAGGUGACUCAGCUAGAGGGAUUUGCAUGCAAUCAAAGUGAUGAUUGAUGGGAUUUUGAGUUUCUUGCAAAGAUAGUAAAGUUUGUUUGGGACAUUGAAGGAGUUAUACUCAUGGAGGUGACCAUUUCACGAAGUCUUCAAUCCUCAUGUAUAAUAACUGGUGAAAAUAGACUGCCAAAGUCGAAUGGUCCACUGAAUUUCCCCAGGAGGCAAUCUAAGCAUCAAAGUAUCCAUAUAUUUAUUCCCUCUUAUUUUGAACCUAGAAAAUCUGCACGCUCGCACAUACCGGUUUUGCUGACAGCUUCAUGUUCUCAGAAUAGUCAAGCUUCAGUGCUGGAAUCUGAAAGAUCUAUUCCAUCUCUGGAUGAAGCUCACGUUUUAAAGAGCAAGUCAGAAGAGAUUGUACCAUAUUUAAGUGGGAGAUGCAUAUAUCUUGUUGGGAUGAUGGGCUCUGGCAAAACAACUGUUGGCAGAAUCAUGGCUGAAGCCCUUGACUAUUCAUUCUUUGACUGUGAUACACUUAUCGAGCAAGCUGUCGGUGGAUCAUCAGUUUCUGAAAUCUUUAAGAUACAUGGUGAAGGUUUCUUUAGGGACAAUGAGACAGAGGUCUUGCGCAAACUUUCUUUGAUGCACCAGAUUGUUGUUUCCACGGGUGGGGGUGCAGUUGUUCGGCCCAUUAACUGGAAAUAUAUGCACAAGGGCGUUAGUGUGUGGUUAGAUGUACCUGUGGAUGCAUUGGCUAGGAGAAUUUCUUCAGUUGGAACUCAUUCACGGCCUCUGCUACAUAAUGAAUCAGGAGACAUUUAUGCCAAGACUCUUAAACGUUUGUCUACACUUCUCAAUGAGAGGGGAAAUGCAUAUGCGAAUGCCGAAGCUAGGGUUUGCCUAGAAAAAAUUGCUGCUAAGAGAGGAUCCUGUGACAUUUGCAACAUCUCUCCUACAGAAAUUGCCAUUGAGGCACUUGAACAAAUCAAAAACUUCUUGAAGAAAGAAAAUGUAAAAGUGCAUUGAGGUACAAUUCAAAAACUUGUUGAAGCAAUAGGAAGUGGAGAAGGUGCAUCUGCUCUCCGUUUUACAUACACACAUUUUGGUCACUGCUGCUGCUCGUCGACCAGAUGAUAUUACUUUCAAUAUGAAGAAAGGCGUUUGAAGAAUUCAAACUUGCGUUGUAUUUUCUUGUGCCCUUUAUCAGUUAAGUUGUAUAUUUCUGUAACAUUUUGCUUGUUAAGUUGCAUCUUUCCUUCCAAUAAAACUUCUGUUCAAGAAUAAACAAAACAAAGUUACCCAAGAGCUAGAAAAUUGUUUGUGUAAUUGGCACUGCCAAAUUGCCAAUGCAAUUCAUGAAUAUUGUUGCCGACAUUUGUGAUAAGUUGAACUUAUGGCCAUUCACUGAUCAUCAAUAUUAUAUAUACCAAUAGAAACAACAGAACUAU